AUUUUUAUUCGUGCAAAUCAACACAGGAAAAGAUUAUUGAACAUUUCAUUUGAUGAAAGAUCAUUUAUAAUAGCUCUAGCAACAAGAAAUACGUAAAUCAAAAUAACCAACUUUUGAGUGACCUAAUUAGUUAUUUGUAUGUAACUUUCUUGUGCAUGAGCUUGUUGUUAAACUCCCUCUUGCAUUGCGUUUGGUAUAUUUCUAACUCACUUAAAAGAACACUUAUUUGUUUGUUUGACUCAUCUGAUCAUCAUCAAUCACUUCUCUCUAUGAGGUGCAUCAAUAGAUGUCAUUCUCUAUUAUAAGUUUUAAGUUCAACUUCAACUAGAAAUUUGAAAAUCCUUCCGUUUUCUUUUUCUUAUACUCAUCCUCUUCCUAAGUUCAAGAACAGCCUCUAAAGAUUAAUUAGACUGGUAUUCUUAAAAGAAAAUACACCUUCAAUAAUUGUGUUAUUUGAAAUUCUCCUAAUAUUAGAAUUAACAACCUACUUUUUAUGAAUGCUAUUAUGGUGGAUCUCUUCAAUUUUCCAAAUUUGUUUAGAAUUUUUAGUGUUGUGUUUAACCUUCAUUCGGCUCAAUAUACAUAUAAAAAAGAUAGUUUGGCAUACUUAAUAUUCAUUUGUUUUUGAAGUGCUGGCCAUCGCUACUGAUUGACCAAGUGCCAUUAAAGGCAUUUUUGUGGAUCUCUUCAAUUUUCAAUAUUUGUUUGGAAUUUUUUAUGUUGUCCUUAACUAUCUUUUGGCUCAAUAUACAUAUAAAAAAAAGGGUUUUAGAUUAGGCAGAAUAUUUAUUGGUUUUUGAAGUGAUGGCCUUUGCUUAGUGCUUGGCCAAGUGCCUGAUUAAAAGGAAUUUUUUCUUUUUAUAUCAACUGUCAUACUAUCACAAAUUUUAGUUCAUUAAUCAUGUCCAGUACAGCUUAUAGUUGGAACAUAUUUAUGAUGUUUAAUAAAAAAUCCUCACCAUUCUUGAAGAUAUCUGUGGGUUAGUCAUCUUUUAGCUAAAUGAGCUCGUCAAUGGAAGCUGCAAGACCACUGGUUUCUUUUGGAGGUUGAAAGUUGACAUCAUUGAGUUAUUUGGAAGACAUUAUGAAUGAAAAAGAGUGGUGCAUUAUUUUUGUUUGGUUAAUGGUGAAGAUAAUGGAUGAAUUUGUCUACAAGUGACAUAAGAAUAUCCAGUUGGGAUCAAAGAAUAGAAUGCGGAGAAAAACCAAGAAAGAUGAGAAGAAGUGGUCCUAUCUUCACGUAUGGUCAUCUAUCAAUCCAGGAUUCACUAGGAUUUUGGUGUAGCACAGCCAAUUCUUUUUAAGUGAAAGAUUAUUGUGGUUUCCAAUUUCCACUGUUUUUUCAAUACUCCUACUUUGCUGGACACUUUUCAGCUUCACUUUCACUUUCACUUUCAUUGGCCAAAAUAAAUUACAUACAAUCAAAUUUCAUUACUAAAUAUCACAUUGGCUUGAUUCAGUGUCAAAUUUCCUUCCAACACUUGCCAAUUGUUUUUCUUACCACCCAAAUCUCUCACUCCCUCUCCAUAUGCAACUAGCAAAGGCGUGUGGACUCCACACUCAUCUCACUUGAUGAUGUCCACUGAAUUCAUGGCUGGUAGAGUGUUUAAGUACACCUGAGUGCUUACUGGGCAUUCUGAUGAUGAAAGGAACUGUUUCAUUGUGCUGCAUGAAUUAGAAAUAUUUAAAGAUUUUGCGAGAGUAAGACUACCUAUAUCAGUCGUAUUCAGAAUGCCGGCUCCUCUUGCUCCAUAUCCAAUGGUCUCAGCACCUUUUACGCCACCCGCCAAUGGUGCACAAAGCCAGCUUGUGUGCUCAGGUUGUCAAAACCUUUUGCUCUAUCCAGUUGGAGCGACUUCUGUAUGUUGUGCUGUAUGCAAUGCAGUCACAUCUGUGCCUCCUCCAGGCACUGAAAUGGCUCAAUUGGUUUGUGGAGGCUGCCACACUUUACUAAUGCACAUUCGUGGUGCAACAAGCGUGAAAUGUUCUUGUUGCCACACGAUCAAUCUAGCUUUGGAAGCAAAUCAAGUAGCACAUGUGAAUUGUGGGAAUUGCCGAAUGCUGUUGAUGUACCAGUAUGGGGCACCUUCUGUAAAAUGUGCAGUUUGCAAUUUUGUGACAUCGGUCCUGGCUUCAGCAAACAGCACUGAACAAAAGUUCAACAGCUAACUCUGAAAGAGUGUGUUGGAUCUAAGAAAAUCUACAAUUUCAGUUCCCAUCCUACGUUUAUUCAGCAAUUGAAUGCGUCAUAACAAGUACAUGUACAGAGUUAUUUUCUUGUCGAGUUAUGUAAUAUAUGAAAUAACAAAAGUUUCCUGAAUUGAAUCUAUAAGAAACACUACAGGGAAAUUGGAGAGUUGUUACAAAUAUAAAGGCUACGAGUUUUCUUA